AUGGGCAGUCUGGUACGACAUGUCUCUUUUCAGAAGACAGCAUCACUCAGAUUGGGUCUGGGCGUACGCAUCGUGGAGCAUGAACAGUUGAAAGUAACUCAGGAAAUGCUGGAUACUCUGGAUCAGGCUUGUCCGUGGAUGGAAGCAAUGAGGUUUGAUCAGAAUCAAUGGGCUUCCAGUUCGCUGAUGCUACCUAGAUCUCUGCUGCUGAAGCUACGUCAGUUGCCCACGCUCAAUUUCAGUUUAUUCACGCACAUCAUGGCAGAAAAUGGCAGUAAGCUGACUCAGCUCACACAUCUACACAUCAGAGGCAAUGCGGACAUGAUCCAACAUCCAACAUCGGCUAUUGACUUGCUCGCUUACACACCGCACCUCACUCAAUUGAUCUUUGAACGAGACGAACUGCACAACAAAUACAAGACGCCAGUGAUUUCUUAA